AUGGAGGGCUGGUUGAAGCCCGCUUUAGACGAGCUGACUCGGCAACAUCUGCGCUCACUGAAAGGGAUGGAGGCACUGAAAGAGGAGCAUCAGCUGUGGAGAGACGACGUGGCAUCAUUCUUGAUGCGACUGGACUCUUUGGACACUUUCAGUGCUUGCCGCGCGGAGGCGAGGUUGCUGCCAAAGUUGCCGCCCCAGCCGCCUGGGCAGCCGAGACCAACGAAGCCAAUACCUGCUGAUGGAGAUCUGUGUGACAUCUUCCUGGAAGACGUGGACACAGAAGACAGUCCUUCGAGCGCGUCGCAGGACUUCUCCAACAUCGCCCCGAGCCCUCGAAGCAAAUCUCAGAUCUCUAUUCGGAAGCUCCGGCUGUCAACGAUGCAGAACUUCAAAACCGCCCCCGGGCCGUUGCGAAAGGUGAUCAAUGAAAUCCUUGAGGAUAUCUUGAAGGAGGCAAGUGAAGAUGCCCGGCCUCCACCCUCGAAGUCGCGCUGGCCAUGCGGCAGCGCGGAAGAGAUCGUCAGCUCCCGAUGGUUCGAGGUGGUCACAGGUCUGGUAAUCUUCACCAACAUGCUCACAAUCGGCAUUGAGGCGCAGUUGUCGCUGACAGCAAGUGUGCCAGACUGGGUUGGAACUUUGGAGAUUACUUUCCUUGUCAUCUACGCGAUGGAGCUUCUACUCCGACUCCUGGCAGGAGGUUGCAGCGCCUUUUGCAAUGCCUGGUUUCUUCUGGACUUUUUUCUGGUCACGGUCGGGAUGCUUGCAAUGGUGCUGAAAUGGCUGGGCCCGAACUCGCCUUUGAGUGUGGAUGGCUUCGAGAAGAUUCUGGUCGUGCGCGGCUUGCGCCUUCUGCGGCUGGUUCGCGCCCUGCGCAUGUUUGAGCACUUCAAAGUGGUUUGGCAUCUUGUCUAUGCCUUGUUAUCGGCCGGGCGAACAGUGCUGUCUGCGACAGCGUUGAUAACCUUCACGCUCUACAUCUUCGCCUGUGUUGCAGUGGAGAUCAUCACCAAGGAUGAUGUCAUCCUCGGAGAUCCGGAGACGUACGAGAUUGUUUCAACGUACUUCAACAGCCUGCCAAGAGCGAGCUUGACGCUGUUGCAGUUCGUGACCCUGGACUCUGUUGCAGCAGUGUAUUCACCACUGAUUAUGGCACGGCCGUACCUCGGAUUCUAUUUUGCAUCCAUCUUGAUCUUCGUGUCCAUCGGGCUCAUGAAUCUCAUAACUGCGGUGAUCAUCGAAGGGGCCAUGGAGUCAUCAGCAGAGAAGCGCGAAGAGGAAAGAAUGGAGAUGAAGGAGAAGAUCCGGCAAUCCUUGCCGGGACUAUUGGACACUUUCUUCACGUUGGACACAGAACGAAACGGCCGGAUCAGCAGAGAGCAGCUGCAACACAACGCUUUGGACCUACUGCCGCAAGCUUUGCUCGACAACUUGCCCAUCGAUGAUGUUGUCGACCUCUUCGACAUCUUGGAUGUGGACGAGAACAACUACAUCACUCAAGCUGAGUUUGUGGAGGGCUUGCUGAACAUCGCACUGCUUGACACACCUCUCUGGAACAUCCAAGCCUUGAAGUUACUCCGAAGAGUCGCCCAUCUCACAUCGCAGAUCCAUGCGCUCAGCUAUAGGUUGAGCACGGCACCGGAAGAUGACUGUGCCGAGCGCAAGACUUCUACAAGCCUCUGA